AUGGCCCAAGAACAAAAAGACAAUCACGAAACCAAUCAUCAUCAAGUAAAUAGUGAUGCAGCAUCAGCAGCACAAGUAUCGGGAUCUUCUGAAAAUACAAGUGUGAGCAAGGCAUCAGUGGCAACCACACAAUUGUUCAAUUCGGCUAUUAAUUCUUUUGUUUCUCAAAUGGCAGGAUCAAAGCCUUCUUCCGAUCAACAACCAUCAUCAAAUAAUAAUAGUAAUACUAAUAGUAACAUAACUGAACAUUUUGUUGGUUUAUCGAAUCAAGGAGCGACAUGUUAUUUAAAUUCAUUGAUCCAAUCAUUGUACCAUACACCAGAGUUUCGUCGAAUGAUUUUGGAGUGGAGAUAUAAUCCUGAUAAAGAUCCAAGCAAGGAAAGAUGUAUUCCAUAUCAAUUACAAAGACUUUUUGCAUAUUUGGCUUUAUCUAAACGUAAAGCAGUGCCAACUACACACUUGACUAAAUCUUUUGGCUGGACACAAUCGGAUGCUUUCGUUCAACAUGAUGUACAAGAAUUGAAUAGAAUUUUGUUCGAUGCUAUCGAUGUAUCAUUAGCAACUGAUAAAUUAUCUCAAGAAAACCCAAUGGAAGGAAAACAAGAAAUUGGCAAAUUGGCUCACUUUGAAAAUAUUUUGAUUAGUGAAAUGUAUAGUGGUAUUAUGAUUGAUUAUAUCGAGGCCAAGGAUGAAAGAAGAGAAAAUGGACAACCAUACGGAAGAGUCAGAGAAGAUCUCUAUAUGGAUUUGCAACUUGUUGUUCGUGGUAUUUCAUCAGUUGAAGAGGCUUUGGAUUCUUAUAUUAAACCUGAAAUUAUGGAUGGUGACAAUCAGUGGAUCUGUGAAGAAUUACAAGACAAGAAAGUUGAUGCAGUCAAGGGAUUAAAGUUCAAGACUAUUCCAUACAUUUUCACAUUGCAUCUCAAGAGAUUUGACUAUGACUACACAACAUGGAAUAGAAUCAAAUUGGGUAACAUGGUAACCUUCCCAUUUGAACUCGAUGUUUCUAAAUAUCUGGAGGAUAACACUCAAAACGCAAUAUAUGAAUUAUUUGGAGUAUUGGUGCACAGUGGUACUUCAUCAGGAGGUCACUAUUAUGCCUACAUCAAGAGUUUCUCCUCUGACAAGUGGUACAACUUUAAUGAUAGUAAUGUUUCUGAAAUUGAUAGAGAACAAGUGAAAGUAAUGUUUGGUAACAAUGACAGCUCUUCUACUGGUAGAUUUGCCUCAUCAACCAAUGCCUACAUGCUUUUGUAUCGUAAAAGGGAUGAGAAAUUGAAUAUUAAUUCUGUUGACAUGUCUAUUAUUCCAGAAGAUUUGAAGGAAGAAGUUGAAAAAGAUAAUGAACAAAUUGAGGAGGAGGUCAGAAAGUCAGAGGAAUUACGAUCAAAUAUUACAAUUAGAGUUAAAUCAGAAAACCAACCAAUCUUGAACUUGAGUGUAAAGAAGACAGAUACAAUGCAACAAGUUUUGGAAAAGGUGUAUGAAGCCAUGUCAAAAAGAGAGAAUUUCUUUACUCGCUUCCAUAAUUGUAGAUUAAGAAAGUAUGAUAUCAUGAAACAAACCCCAACAUCGUCAUUCCAAAAUCAUGCAGAUCAACCAAUUUCAAGAUUCUGUCAUUUCAAUGGAGCUUUAAUUUAUCUUGAGACUAAAGAAUCUGACGAAGAAUGGAAAGAAAUUGCAGAAACCAUUUCUGUUUAUAUCUGUCCUUUCAAUCAAGAUAUUAAUGAAUUUGAUCAACCAAGAUCCCUCAAAAUAACAACAGUACAAACACUUGACGAAAUCAAGAUGAGAAUAGAAGAAGAACUUCAAAGAGAAAAGUAUCCUCAUGAAAAAAUUAAUCUUGUAAUUUCUAGAGGUGAUGAAGUGAUUAUUUUCCACAAUGAAGAGGAAAGAUCCAAAUCUAUUGAAUCUGGUUUGAAUAUUGCAAAUACUGAUCUUAUUUAUGUGGAAGCAUUGGAAGAUCCACUCCAAAAUGUUGAAUCUAAAAUCAUUCAAAAAUUGGAAGAAAUGAAGUAUUGUUUUGACAUUUUGGUCAAUACCAUUGAAAGUCCAAACGAUUAUACAACCUCUGUAACUGUAGACAAGAGAACUACUGUUGGUGACUUGAAGAAGAAAAUUGCAGAUAUGAUGAAGGUAGGAGUAGAUGAUUUCAGACUCUGUUCCAAGACUAGAUUCCAACCAAUUAAGGAGAAUUUACUCAUUUCUGAGUGUUCUGAAGUUUUUGAAUAUUGUCAGCUUCAUGUUGAAAAGGGACAAGCUUUGAAGGAUGGAGAAUACAUUAUUCAACUCUAUGUUCACUUACCUUGGCUUUCAGAACAACUUCCACAAGAAUCUAGAACUGAAGUAGAUAUUAAUCCUGACAAGAUGGUAGCUGAGCCAUCUCCAGAUUGUCAAGUUAUGACUUGCGAACCUCCACCAUCAUCAACUGCUCUUGUUUUGGCAGCAGAGAAUGGACCAGUUUACAAUCCAUCUGUGAAGCUUUUGGAUAGAAUGAACAAGUUGAAGGAAGAAAUGAGACUUGUCGAUAAGGUUGUUAUCAGUGCUCAAGAAACUUUGGGAAGUUUCAAACAAAGAAUAUUCGAAAAAUACUUUUCCGAUCCAGAAUCUGACCAAUUUGUCCCAUUAGAGUUAAUGAGAUUGAGAAUGAAACUUGGAGUUUUCUUCCAAAAGAUUUUGAUCAAUGACGAAAAGACAUUGAAGGAAAAUAUUCCAGACCUUGCUAACAAUAAGCAAAUUGUUGUUCAAUUUCUGGAAAAGCCAGAAAAUUUGAAAGAAGGUGAUUUGACUAUCAAGGUUCAAAGGUGGCAACCAUUAUCUUGGAGUUUCUAUGGAGGUUCAGAUGCCAAAUUUGAAGUAAUUAUUCCAAAGCAACAAGAACCACUCACACCUCAAGUAUUCAGAUCACUCAUUUAUAAUGCCCUGAAGGAUACUGUCUUGUCAGAUGUUCCUCCUGAAAGAGUUGACCAAAUUGGUAUUUCCCGUGCACCACACCAAUUUGAUUACUUUAUCAUUAAGGAAUGCAUUCAAGUUGCAAUUUUGAAUUAUGAGGAAAUUGAUACACUCAAGGAUUUACACAAGCCACCUUUCAUUUUGGCUCAAGACGAUAUUAUGAUCAUUAGACUAAAGGAUGAACUCGAUAAGUAUGAUAUGACUGAACUAAAGACUAAGAGAGCAUCAGCACCAAGUAGUACUGGCCGUGUUGAGAAGGCUCUCAAGAUUAAUGUUAUUGAUAAGGAAACUGAACAAAAAGAAGAGGAAGAAAGAAAAAAGCAACAAGAGCAACAACAAGCUUCAUCCACCAGUGCUAGUGGUGAACAAACUACUGUCAAUGGUGGUGAUAAGAUGGUUGACGAUACAGCUCCAACCAGUACUGGAACUGAAGAAAAUCCAAAGAAGAAAAUGAAAUCAGACGAAUGACAAACAAGCUCUACUCUUGAAGAAAACCCAAAAAAGAAAAUGAAAUCAGAGUAAAAUUAUUUAAUCAUCA